AUGUAUGCUCUUAAUCAGACGGUAAAGUCGGGUUGGCUGCUCCUGACGCAACCAAGUGGAAUAUCGAAGUACGACAUCGUUUCUCGAUUAGUUUGUACUAUUCUUAUCAUACGAAGUGUCUAUACGGUCUAUCACAAUGUCACUUGCUACGGUGUUGCUGGAACUUUGACAAACGCCUUGGAAUACUGUCGGAGGUGGAUAUCCCUAGAAAGACGACCAGCUCCCCGGAAAUUCAAAAGAGUGGACAAAAAUAUCGAGGCCAUAUCGAACUCGAUGGCGCAAAAGCUGGCUCGUCAUGGAGCUGAUACCAGGAAGAAUCUAUCGCUUCCCAAAGAAGGAUGGGGUGUCGAGAAAGUCGAAGCAGAGUUGGAGGAACUCCACAACUUAGACCAUACACGAUGGGAGGAUGGCCGGGUCAGCGGAGCAGUAUACCAUGGGGGCAACGAACUGCUGGAAAUGCAAACUAAAGCCAUUGGAAAGUUCAGUGUCUCGAAUCCAAUUCAUCCAGACGUCUUUCCAGGGGUUAGAAAGAUGGAAGCAGAAAUCGUAGCAAUGAUCCUAGCUGCCUUCAACGGCCCCGAAGAUGGUGCAGGAGUAACCACCAGUGGUGGCACAGAAUCCAUUAUCAUGGCAUGCCUGGCUGCUCGGGAGAAAGCUGCAGCUGAGCGCGGCGUCACAAGUCCUGAGAUGAUUAUCCCAAGCACUGCUCAUGCGGCAUUUUUUAAAGCUGCGCAGUAUUUCAAAAUCAAACUUCAUCUUGUUUCAUGUCCGGCGCCUGAAUAUAAAGCAUCUGUUACCGAAAUUCGUCGACUGAUCAAUCGUAACACGGUUCUUCUAGUCGCGUCUGCACCGAACUAUCCCCACGGCAUUGUCGAUGAUGUCCCAGAGAUUUCACGAUUAGCAACCGAAAAUGAUAUCCCACUUCACGUUGACUGCUGUUUGGGAUCACUUGUUAUUGCGUUCUUGCAAAAGUCAGGCUUCCCAUCGCCAUACGACAAUAGCGGUGGCUUUGACUUUCGCCAGCCUGGAGUCACCAGCAUCAGUGUUGACACACAUAAAUAUGGUUUUGCUCCAAAAGGCAGCUCGGUCUUGUUGUAUCGCAAUCGGUCAUACCGAAACUAUCAAUACUUCUUGUUUCCUGAUUGGUCUGGCGGUGCAUAUGCUUCACCAUCCAUGGCAGGUUCUCGCCCUGGCUCCUUGAUCGCAGGCACUUGGGCGACACUGAUGAGAAUGGGAGAGUCUGGAUAUAUAAGCAGCUGCCGCCAGAUUGUGGGAGCUGCGAAAAAGUUCGAGACUGCCAUACUCACAAAUCCUAUCUUGAAGCCCCAUGUUGAGAUCAUUGGGUCUCCUAUGGCUAGUGUCAUCGCUUUCACAAGUAAGAAUGAUGAAAUCGAGACAUAUGACAUUGCCGACGCCAUGGACGCUAGGGGAUGGCACCUGAAUGCGUUGCAGUCUCCGCCGGCUAUUCAUUGUGCUUUCACCAUACCCACAGCUGAAGCUGUGGAUAGUCUCAUUUCAGAUUUGAUUGAUGUCAUCAAUGAGACAUUACUUCAGAUUCAGGAGCAAAAGCAAAACGGGGAACAAAUCGUACGCCAGCGUGGUAAGAGUGCGGCGCUCUACGGUGUAGGGGGAAGUAUUGCGGAUAGGACCAUGGUCAAUCAAUUCGCUGAAGGAUUCUUGGAUACCUUAUAUAAAGCUUAG